AUGCCAAGGCCGGGAAUUGCGGAGAUGGACUGUCGCGUCUGGCAUCCCGCGAAUCAACAUCUUGUUCAUAACACCUUUGAUUUGCGUGAUCGUCCAAGAUUAUCGUACUGUAUCACAGCAGCUUCGAAUAGCGGAUACCAGCAUAAAGAAACCAUCGAGAAUGGUUUCCCAACGGCGCAAUACGCGAAGAGCUCGAAGCUCCUCACGCGCAUCAAGCUCACCUGGGCUCUGUCAUCACUAUGCUCGUUCGGUUACGUAUUGGACGCCGACAUCCAUGUCGUAUGGGACUCUCAACUACUUCGAAAUAUCCAAGAUGCUUCGAUAUGGGCCACGAUCACCCACACUCUGGAUACAACGACGUCACCGUCGGGUCUCGAACAUCAACCCUCGGAGGCCUCACUGUCGACACAAAAGCAAGACGUAUCACCAUUUGAACAGAAGGAGAACAGCCUGAUCUGUUCAAAUGGUGUCCAAAGUAAAUGA